GGCAUUACACUGAGCAUGUAUAUGCUUUGUGUUUCUGUACCACAGAGAAGAGAAAUGAACUGUGGCAUUCGCUUCAGCGUUCUGCACGUUUCUGCUCAGAUUUUUUAAAAUCGUAUAGUGUCCUCUUUGUGCAAUGGAUGAAUUUCACCCGUUCAUUGAGGCACUUCUUCCACAUGUCCGUGCAAUUGCCUAUACGUGGUUCAACCUUCAGGCUCGAAAACGCAAGUACUUUAAAAAGCAUGAGAAACGAAUGUCAAAGGACGAGGAAAGAGCAGUCAAGGAUGAGCUACUUAGUGAGAAGCCCGAAAUUAAGCAGAAGUGGGCAUCCAGGCUCCUUGCCAAGCUUCGCAAAGAUAUUCGCCAAGAGUUCCGGGAGGAUUUUGUGCUCACGGUGACUGGGAAGAAGCACCCAUGCUGUGUAUUGUCCAAUCCUGACCAGAAGGGUAAGAUUAGGAGAAUUGACUGCCUGCGACAGGCUGACAAAGUCUGGCGUCUGGAUCUAGUCAUGGUGAUCCUAUUCAAAGGCAUCCCCUUGGAAAGUACGGAUGGAGAGCGACUCAUGAAAUCCCCACAUUGCACAAAUCCAGCACUUUGCGUCCAGCCACAUCACAUAACAGUAUCAGUCAAGGAGCUUGAUUUGUUUUUGGCAUACUACGUGCAGGAACAAGGUAGGAAGCAGACUGUCAUGUUUUUUAUGUUAGCGUGUCAGACUUUUGUUCCAAGUUGCCCUGUUUCCCCUAAGGGUUGACUUCCAGUGAAACAUUAUUCCGUGGUCUGUAUACGUAAUGUGGGUACAUAUACAUAUGUAAAUCAGCAUGUAUGCGUACACACACACGCUCUCUUACAGACCUGUGUAAAUGACAUAUAUGUUUGACAUUCGCGCCGUGUUCUUUCAAGAGAGGGUAGGACCUACCAAGGAAGUACUUUAGUUCCUCUGAAGUUGCCAUUUUUGUCGAAGAGUGGCAAUAUGUUGUGUUUUUUCCAAUUA